CCCUACUUCAUCCUGCAGCGGAGGAAGGGGCACGGCGGCGAUGGAGGCGGCGGCGGGCUGGCGGGUCUCCUCGUGGGUACUCUUGAUGUUGUGCUGGACUCCAGUGCUAGGGUGGCACCAUACCGGAUCCUCUACCAGGCACCAGACUCCUUGGUAUACUGGACCAUUGCCUGUGGUUGUUCAAGGAAGGAAAUCACUGAACACUGGGAAUGGCUUGAACAGAAUCUUUUGCAAACUCUUUCCAUCUUUGAAAAUGAAAAUGACAUAAACACAUUUGUCAGAGGAAAAAUACAGGGCAUCAUUGCAGAGUAUAACAAAAUCAAUGGCAUCAAGGAGGAUGAUGACACAGAAAAGUUUAAGGAAGCCAUAGUGAAGUUCCACAAGCUGUUUGGGAUGCCUGAUGAAGAGAAACUAGUGAAUUAUUAUUCUUGCAGUUACUGGAAGGGGAAGGUACCCCGUCAGGGCUGGAUGUAUCUCAGCAUUAACCACCUUUGCUUUUAUUCUUUUCUCAUGGGAAGAGAGGCAAAGUUGGUAAUCCGCUGGGUGGAUAUCACCCAACUUGAGAAGAAUGCUACACUGCUUUUUCCAGACCUAAUCAAAGUGAGUACAAGGUCAAGCGAACACUUCUUCUCUGUGUUCCUUAACAUCAGUGAAACAUUCAAACUAAUGGAGCAGCUUGCCAACAUAGCUAUGAGGCAGCUUUUGGAUAAUGAAGGCUUUGAACAAGAUCGAUCGCUGCCGAAACUAAAAAAGAAAUCACCCAAAAAAGUAUCAGCACUGAAACGGGAUCUUGAUGCUAGAGCAAAGAGUGAGAGAUAUCGUGCACUGUUUCGACUUCCCAAGGAUGAGAAGCUAGAUGGACACACAGAUUGUACCCUGUGGACUCCAUUUAACAAAAUGCACAUUUUGGGUCAAAUGUUUGUUUCUACAAAUUACAUCUGCUUUACCAGUAAAGAGGAGAAUUUGUGCAGCCUCAUUAUCCCUCUCCGGGAGGUGACAAUAGUGGAAAAGGCAGACAGCUCCAGUGUAUUACCUAGCCCAUUGUCAAUCAGCACUAAAAACAGAAUGACGUUCCUUUUUGCCAACUUGAAAGAUAGAGACUUUCUCGUACAGAGGAUCUCUGACUUCUUGCAACAAACUACUUCAAAAAUAUAUUCUGAAAGAGAAAUUGCUGGAAGCUACGUCAGCUCAGAUGAAGAGAUGUAUACAAGGCCAAAUAGCAUAGUUUCCUCCAGCCCUCAAAGGAGCCUCAGCUCUGAAACAGAUGGAGAGCGACAAUUCAAUCUGAAUGGCAAUGGUAUUCCAACAGUGACACAGGCUUUAAUGACUAUGUAUCGACGGAGAUCACCUGAGGAAUUCAACCCCAAAUUGGCAAAAGAGUUUUUGAAAGAACAAGCUUGGAAGAUUCACUUUGCUGAGUAUGGACAAGGUGUCUGUAUGUAUCGUACAGAAAAAACUAGAGACCUUGUGCUCAAAGGCAUUCCAGAAAGCAUGAGAGGGGAACUAUGGCUGCUGCUGUCAGGAGCCAUUAAUGAGAUGGCCACUCACCCCGGCUAUUAUGAAGACCUUGUGGAGAAAUCCAUGGGGAAGUACAACCUUGCCACGGAAGAAAUUGAGAGAGAUUUGCACCGUUCUUUGCCAGAGCACCCUGCCUUCCAGAAUGAGAUGGGCAUUGCUGCCCUGAGGAGAGUCUUAACAGCUUACGCUUUUAGAAAUCCAAACAUAGGAUACUGUCAGGCCAUGAACAUUGUCACUUCAGUACUCCUUUUGUAUGCAAAAGAAGAAGAAGCUUUCUGGUUGCUUGUGGCUUUGUGUGAACGCAUGCUGCCAGACUACUACAACACAAGGGUUGUCGGUGCUCUGGUAGAUCAAGGUGUUUUUGAAGAGUUGGCUCGGGACUACGUUCCACAGCUUUAUGACUGUAUGCAGGACUUAGGUGUUAUCUCCACCAUCUCCCUCUCCUGGUUCCUCACUCUCUUUCUCAGUGUAAUGCCAUUUGAGAGUGCUGUGGUUGUGGUGGACUGUUUCUUCUGUGAAGGAAUAAAGGUGAUAUUCCAGUUAGCACUGGCUGUGCUGGAGGCUAAUGUGGACAAGCUGCUGAAUUGCAAAGAUGAUGGAGAAGCCAUGACGGUCCUGGGGAGGUAUUUGGACAGUGUAACCAAUAAGGAUAGUACUUUACCACCAAUUCCUCACCUUCACUCGCUACUCAGCGAUGAUGUUGAGCCUUAUCCAGAGGUGGAUAUCUUCAGACUCAUCAGGACUUCCUAUGAGAAAUUUGGAAGUAUACGAGCAGAUUUGAUUGAACAGAUGAGAUUCAAACAGAGACUGAAAGUGAUCCAAACCCUUGAAGACACUACAAAGCGUAAUGUGGUACGAACCAUUGUAACUGAGACUUCUUUUACCAUUGACGAACUGGAGGAACUCUACGCUCUUUUCAAGGCAGAACAUCUGACUAGCUGCUACUGGGGAGGGAACAGCAAUGCUAUUGACCGGCAUGACCCCAGCCUGCCUUAUCUGGAACAGUACCGCAUUGAUUUUGAGCAGUUCAAGGGGAUGUUUGCUCUCCUCUUUCCUUGGGCUUGUGGGACCCACUCAGAUGUGUUAGCUGCACGCUUAUUCACACUGCUGGAUGAAAAUGGAGAUUCUCUGAUCAACUUCCGGGAAUUUGUCUCUGGGCUGAGUGCAGCAUGCCAUGGAGAUCUUACAGAAAAACUGAAGCUGCUUUAUAAAAUGCAUGUUUUGCCUGAUCCAUCCCCUGAGCAAGAGGAGCCAGAUUCUGCUUUUGAAGCAACUCAGUACUUUUUUGAAGACAUUACACCAGAAUGUACACACGUUAUUGGCAUAGACAGCAGGAACAAACAAGGAGCAGAUGAUGGGUUUGUCACCAUUAGUCUGAAAGCAGACAAAGGUAAGAAAAACUCUCAAGAGAAUAGAAACUACCUGAGAAUGUGGAGCCAAGAAAAUAAAUCCAGAGCUAAAAACACAAAGGAUUUGCCCAAGCUGAAUCAGGGCCAGUUCAUUGAAUUAUGCAAGACAAUGUAUAAUAUGUUCAGUGAAGACCCCAAUGAACAAGAUCUCUACCAUGCUACAGCUGCUGUGACAAGUUUGCUAUUGGAGAUAGGUGAGGUUGGUAAACUGUUCUCUAUCCAGUCUGCAAAAGAAAUAGACAGAGGCAGUAAAAGCUGCAGCACAGCUCUUCAGAGUGGGCUGUUCCAGAAAAAGGAAAGCCAGCAGUAUCCCCUUGAACAGCAGGAAUCGUUCCAAGGUGGCCUUACUGCCAAUGAUGAGACUAUUUGCACAGAUAAUUCAUUGGGUGCACAGAUGGAGGAUAUUAAGCUUGAGGAUUCAUCUCCCAGGGACAAUGGAGCCUGCUCUUCCAUGCUUAUUUCUGAUGAUGACACUAAAGAUGACAGCUCCAUGUCCUCCUAUUCAGUACUGAGUGCAGGCUCACACGAAGAGGAAAAGCUGCACUGUGAGGACAUAGGUGAAGAUACAGUUUUGGUGCGAAGCAGCCACAACACUUCUCUGCCUAGAAGCACUAGCAUUGACAGAGACUGGGCUAUCACCUUUGAGCAAUUUUUAGCCUCCCUUUUGACUGAGCCAGCCCUGGUGAGAUACUUUGAUAAGCCAGUGUCUAUGAUGGCUAGAAUUACUAACGCUAAGAAUGUAAGGAUGAUGGGCAAGCCAAUAACUUCAGCAAGUGAUUAUGAAAUUUCUACGAUGUCAGGCUGAGAGAACAGUUGGGGGGGGGGUCUUUGUUUUUUAUUUAAUUAUUUUUAUUACAUAUUUAUUAGUACCUGCAACAUAUUCUGGUAUCUUCAAAAAAUGGUAGUUUUCACUAAUGUGAAAAUGUUGGAGUGCAAAUAUAACUGUCUUGAACUAUAAUCAUUCUUUCUGUGGGUAAUGUUACGAAAAUGCAAAUUUUAUUCAAAAUACAAAAAAAAUACAGUUGUCAGUAAAACGUGUGUAUUAUUAACCUUGCUGUAGAUAUAAACAUGGUAAAGAUUAGUCCUCCAUUUUACUAUAAACUGAAUACCAGAUAUUCGCGUGCAUUUUUAAAACAGGUCUAAAAAAAAAAAGGUUGGAUUAUUGAUGAGAUAGGUGAUAUCUCUAAAAUUUAAAGGGACACUGUCAACCUACAUAGGACUUGAAAGGAAGUGUAAUGCAGCAUCCCUUUUUUUCCUCUCCCCUGCCCCACAACACCGUAUAUUUUUUAAAAAGAGGCUAACCAGUUUUAACCAAUGCCUUGUUUUUUUGUUUUUUAAUAUAUGAAAGACCACUCUAGGGAUACUGCCUGGGACCUGUUUUUUGCCCAAGGAAAGUAUAUUUAAGAGAAAAAGAAAUCAAAAGUCGGUCCUGAGUUUAAGUGGUGCAUUGGGCCAAUUAGUUGAGGCAUACCAGUUACUGUAGCCAGUAGCAUGCAAGGGAGGGAUGUUGCUAGCAUCGCAUAUGGCCUGUUUGGCUUUCCCAGCCUGAAAGUUGAGGCAUCUGUUUUGCAGGUGGAACAAGAGGCAGUCCGUGGUGCAAGUCCAGAGGGACAUUCAAACCCAGGGUUUCUUUAGCAAGAUGCCUUAGUUCACUACUCUGCCCCAAAGAUGUAUGGAGACACCCAGAUGGACUGAUAGUGUCCCUUUUGACAAUGGAAAAGAUUUUUUUUAAAUAUAAAAAAAUACUUCUGUACCUGGAUUUGCAGUUUAUCUGCAAUAUUCAGCUCUUUAAACUAACCUUUACCACCAAUGUCAUAUAUCCUUGUUAGAUUAAGAAGUUUAAAAUCUGUAUUGCAUAAGUCUUCAUUUACAAUGCUGUAAAGUAGAAGUAAUUGUAAACUGAAAAAAUUCUGAAAGAUAAUGUAACUGAAUGUUUAAGUCUUACACUGUCACUUUAUAUAAAAUGAAUAGUAUCCUGUAUCAAUUUACUGAAUGAUAUGUUAAAAUGAAAACUGGAGCACCUGCACUUUGAAUCCUUGCUUCUUUUAUACAAAUAUUCAAGAUUUUUUUUAUUUUGUUAGCUGUUUUCUAAUUCACGGUGGUUCAGUUCAGGGUCAUUCUUACAUGCCUAAAGUCUAUAUGCUCUCUUCAGAAUAUUUCCACCUGAAUACUGUAGAUUUUUUUUUUAUACUACUGUAUAUUAUGUUCAUGUAACUGUUCCAGAUUUUUUUUUUUAGCUAAAGCUGCUGUUUGAUUCUUUUGUUUUAAAAGAAUGCUUUUAAAACUGUCAGAUGAUGUGGUUUUUUAACCACAAAUAGGGUAAAUGUGAACAAAUAAAAUACUCUCUACAUGGAA